UCAUCCCCAGACAAUAAUACACUUCAGGAUCUAAACGUUCUCUCCAACUUAUCUCACUGUUUUGUUGGUGUGAACAAUGAAUUCUGAGACUCAGUAUGAAGAUUCAGUUUCUACACUGGUGUUAGAGAACAUCAAAAAUAAACUGAUCAACGCUUUCAGAGAAUCUGGACAGCAUGCAGCUGCUUCUUGUGGUACUAACAGUUCUUACAGUUUAGUUGCAAAGGAUAUCCAAGCAAAUGAGGAGCUCAGGAGAGCUAAAAUAGAUGGAGCAAUAACCUGGCUACGGACAGAGUUGCUGGAGAUGCGAUCCCAGGACAGACAGCUUGCUAAAACAUUACUGGACUUAAACACAGAGAUACAGAGACUAAGACAAGAAAAUGAAUCAUCUAGUCCAGACAAGAAACCAAAUGCUAAUAACAAUGACCCUGAAACAUCUUUCCAUGGCAAUGAAACAGAUGAGGAUCAGUCUUUUAUUCAGAUCAACUGAAGAAUCAGAUGCUCUCAAGCACUUGAGUUUUAAUUUUUUCUGCUGAGUGAUCUUUUCCAAAUGUUAUCUCACAAUGGACUACCGAUUAUCAAUGUGCCUAUAAAACAGGAAUCAAAACUGUUGUCUUAUUCUAGAAUUGAUAAUGUUUAAACACUGGCACACUGUGGCAACCUAACAGAAGGUAAACAUACAGUAGAAUCGAGUAUUGUAAAAUAGGUUUAGAGAACUUGAACUAAGCUUGAGGAAUACAUGGACAAAUGUUGGAUUGGAAUGUUUAAAUGCUUCUUUUGAAGAAAGUGUGAGGGCAAGUUAUUGGGAGGGAUAAGAUAAUUUUAACAGCAUUAAAACUUGCACCAAACCAAGUGUGUUCAUUCUGAGUUGUUUUCAUUUUCUCUAAAACUGCCCUUGAGCUUGUCUAAAGAAUCCUAAAUGCCAGGAAUGAACAGUCUUCCUAAUUCCAUAUAAAUCAUGUGGCAAUGUGACCUUUCAACUCUGCCAACCGAAGCUAUGCAUCUGUAUUAAUAGAGGUCAAAACAAGCUCAAAGUCAGGCUAAAUGCAGAUGUAGAGAAAAAUGAUUUUUAAUCUACACAUUAUGUAAAAGAACUGCUCCCUCCUCUGAUUUUUUGCAAGUUUUAAACUAUUACAACAGUUUUACUGUUUUAUGUUGCCUUCAAAUGGAGGCCCUUUGGGGAAAUUCACAAAGCCAUUGUAAUAUAUUCCUCUCAAACAGUAAAUGGCUUUUUAUUUCUGCUUCCAAAGAUGUUGUUUACACGUGUUAUGUGAACAAUGGUGGCAUAUUGCUUUCACUGCUCUUUUGUAUUAUUUAUGCUAUGGAAAAAAUUGGGGUUUACAAAAGAGCUGUUAUGGUUAUGGAAUUAUGAAAGAGAACACUACACUGGAACAUAAUUUUAAAGUCUGUCCAACCUCCAAGUACAGUGCUCCCUCUUUAUUUUGCUAUAUGACUUUCACAUAGAAAA